AUGUCCUUGCCAGCAUUGACAUUAAAAAAGCAACACGUCUUUUGUCGCUUCGCGCUUCGCACAACUUUUCGAUAUAGUGGAAAAUUAUCGAAAAGUUUAGCGACUUUGUCCUCAUUGAAUACGGAAUUUUUUUCUGCUCAGAAACAACAGCAGGAAAGGUUAUCGCCUUUUUUGAAUAUCAAAGAGGCUCUUGAAAAUGUUUAUGAUGUUAUUAUAGUCGGUGGCGGAAUUACGGGUCUGGCUUUGGCGAAUGCCUUGGCUCUAAUAGAUAUCGGUAACUUUUCGCGUAUUAGAGAAUGGAGGGGCGAUAGCGCCAACGAGUACUAUUCUAAUCGAGUUAGUUCAAUAACUCCUGGUUCUGCUAGAUUUCUCAAAGAUAUCGGAGUCUGGCAGAAACUCGAUCACACACGUGUAAAGCCUUAUCAAAAAAUGGUAGUUUGGGAUGGUGUAAGUGACGCACAAAUAUUUUUUGACUCGGAGAACAUUUCCCAAGCAUUAUCAUCAUUACCGCUAUUUCAACGACUCAUCAAAAAGGAUUCAAUUGAUUCAAAUUCAAUUGCUUGGAUCAUAGAAAAUUCAAAUAUCCAACAUGGAUUAUUGUCCAACCUGGAUCAUUUCCGGGAUAAAAAUAGUGGGAAAAUUUCGAUAUUCGAUAAUAAAAAAGUGGAGCGAAUCACUUGUGGGAAUGAUAAUGAUUUUGAUGAGACCAAAACACAUGAAUUUUUCGAUCUUUCUGAAUGGCCCAUUGUUGAAUUGGACGAUGGUCAAAAGUUGAAAACAAGAUUAUUGAUUGGCGCAGAUGGAAUAAACUCUCCCGUACGGUCUUUUGCUAAUAUCGAGACAUUAGGAUGGGAUUAUAACUCGCACGCAGUAGUUGCGACGCUGAACAUAGACUCGACUACCGACAAUCACAUUAAUAACACUGCAUGGCAACGGUUUCUUCCUACUGGUCCGAUAGCAAUGUUGCCGUUACAUCCCCAUGUUUCAUCAAUGGUAUGGUCCACAACACCACAACUUGCCGCAAAGAUCCGACAAAUACCUGCUGAUCAAUUUGUAGAAUUAGUAAAUGGCGCAUUCAGAUUAGGAAUUGCCGAUUUAAAUUAUUUGUACAAGAUCAUCGAAAAAAGUCCUGGAUCAUCGGAUUAUAAUAUUGGUGAUGAAGUGAAAUGGCGAGAAAGUGUGAACAUGAAUAGUAAGAAAUCAUCGAGUCCAGUACCGCCAAGAGUAGUAGGCGUACAAGAGAAUAGUCGAGCUAGUUUUCCAUUGAGAAUGAGAAAUGCAGAGUGUUACGUAAAGAAUAGAGUAGUUCUAAUUGGCGAUGCAGCUCAUGUAAUACAUCCACUUGCUGGACAAGGAUUAAAUCAAGGUAUUGCAGAUGUUGAGUGCUUAGCGAAGGUGAUUGAGCGAGGCGUGAUAAAUGGACAAGAUAUUGGUGAUUUGCAUUCAAUACAAGAAUACGCCUCGAAUCGUUACAUCAAAAAUUUGAUGAUGAUUGGAACAGUCGAUAAAUUGCAUAAAUUAUUUUCAAAUGAUUCAGCGCCCAUUGUUUGGAUGAGGUCGUUAGGACUACGAAUGAUUGAUGGGCUUGAACCUGUAAAGGCGGAAAUAAUGAAAUUUGCAAUGGGCAUAGAGCGUUAG